AUUCUAAAAUUGCUACAGCUUUACCUAGAGAGCAGCGGAAAGAAGCCGAACGACACGACUUCCAUACAGCAAGCCGUAGAAAACUGGUUAUGUAGCGUAGCACUGGGCUAUGUGGUCAACAGUCAUCAAAUAUGGGUAUCAUUUCCGAGAAGAGACUCAAAACUUAUGGAUAAAAUCGUUUAAGAAGUGAGGCUAACAAAUUCCAGUCUGCGACCAGGUUAUUUUCAAACUUAAGAUUGAAAGCUCAAACGUGUGUAACUCAUGAUAGAUAUCCUUUUUAAUUUAACCCGUGGAAAGUAAGACAACUGUGUUAUCAUUUUCAUAAGCAAUAUCAGUUUAUGCUUCGCAUAAAUUACUUUCAUCGUCAAAACACAUGUCUUGACAUUGUUGUCUGAGAUGGCGUCGCUCGUAACAGUUUCGUCGACUAGGGAGAUUUCUUCGCAUCUUGACAAACUUUUUAAAGACAUUUCAAGUGAACUGAGCCCCGACGAACUUAAAAAAGCCGUAUCAUUAAUCAAAACCAAUUUUAAAGGCAAAUUUGAAGAUCAAGAUGAGCAAAAUUUGUAUUCAUGUCUGUGUUUAUUUGCUAAUCAAGGCCUCGUGUCGCAGAACAAACUUACUUUGUUAGAGUUUCUAACUCCAAAAACAUCCAAGAAGGAGAGAAUCCAAGAAAAGAUUCAACGAUUCAAAUCAAUCCGCCAGCGAGAGACAAAGAUAAAGGAUGAAUUGACUGGGAGAGUCAACGACCUUGAGAAAGUUAUGACUAAGCUAACAACGGGAAGCUCGAGUGUUAUCAAUUUGUACGGACCCAGUGGCGUAGGCAAGACAACGCUUGCGAUAGAAACUUUAUCAAAGUGGCCAGGGAAGAAAUUCAAAGUUGACUUCAGAGGAAUAAAUGAGAUGAAGAGUGUUCACUUUCACGUUCUAAACGUAUUAAUGGAAUCGAAGCAAACGGUCUUAGCCUACGAAGCAAAUCCAGUCAUUGCUCAAAUGGAACAACUGAAGCGAGACAGUGAAACUGACAUCCUGUUACUUCUGGACAAUAUUGAUCAAUUUGCUGGAGGAGAUGGAGACGCUGCCACGGAUCUGAACGACAAAUUUGUGACAUUUCUCCGGAGACUUCUUGGUCCUAACACCGAUGGAGAAAAAUCAAAUUUGAAGAUUUUGUUGACUUCGAGAACUACACUUAGUCACGGCGGUACUCUCAAUGUUGAAAAUUGCGAGGUUAAAGCUUUGAAUGACGCUUUAUCGAGUGCGCUCCUUGAGACCCUUGGAAAUCGUUGCCUUGAGGAAGAUCAAAAGGAGAAGUUGGUACAAAUGUGCCAUGGUAAUCCCCUUAUCUUAAACGGGAUGGCCGCUAUCUUAAGGCAGACAAAUGCAGAUGAUAGAAAGCUCCUUGAAACCAUUGAGCAAGAGAUAGUGACCGAGCCUUCAGAAACGGGAUUACCAGUUUCACCGAAGGCUACACAACUCAAGCAGGAGAGAGAAAUAUUUGACUACAAGGAAGAAGGGAUCGACAAAGAUCAAGAAAACUGCUUGAGAAAAAUGUUUUUCUUCCUGCCGAGUGAAAGGCUGAAAGAGAGUGCCGUUUCUGUGUCGUUAUUCUGUCGUUCUUUCUCCGCCGAAGCAGCUGCUAGCAUUCUCGCAGUGGACCCUUCGGAGGCUGUUAUACAGCUGGAGGGCUUGCGAAACAGCAAAGUGGUAUCGGUUGAUCCAGAGGCGAAGGUGCUUUCCUACGACAUUCAUCCGUUGAUGCGAAAAUUUCUAAGGAGCAUAGCUAAAAGCAAAAAUUUUAUCAAAGUCUACCAGAAGGCAAGGGACCGGUUUUGCGACUUUUUCGUGUCCCAAAUGAAGGAUCUUUCAGUGCUUCUAGACAAAGACUACAUUAACGCUUUCAACAGUUUCGAUCUGAACAAACCUAACUUUGAACUUGCCUUGAACAUCUCACUGAAGUCAGACCACUUGCUUAUUCCAGAAGAGCAUCAUGAAAUCGUUAUGAUUUGUUAUCUGUUUGAGGCCAUGCUUGAUGAAAAACAGAAAAGAAGAAUUUUCAACUCUUGGGCUGAAAAGGCGGAGGAUGACGGAAAGAAGGGCUCCUUACUUCGAGCAGAAUUGAGAUGCCAAGAAGCUUGGCAAGUCCUUCGGCUGGAAGGAUGGAGGCGAGCUUUUGAAGUACUAAAGAAGGCAGAUGAGACACUGAAAACAGUACAGAAAGAAGUCAAACGUGGUGAAUUCUUCAGGCUCAUUCGGAGCUCUUACCUCUUUGUCCAAGGUGAGAUUUACUGGAGAGCGGGAAAUUUCGUUAAGGGGCUAAGGGUCUUGCAUCAGUCUCUUGAGAUAAUGGAAGAUAUCCUGAAAAGCCACACAAGCAUCACAAGAUGCCUGAACGCCAUCGGGAACUGUCACAGCAGGCUGGGCGAAGCAGAUGAAGCGAUAAAGUAUUACACGAGAGCUUAUGAAAUGAGGGAGGAGCUCUCUGGUUCCAUGAAUCACUUCGACAUGCCACUUUUCAAAGGUCAGAUCGGUACAGGCUAUGAAGAAAAAGGUCGGAUUUGUCGGAAAGCAGGACAGGACGACGAAGCAAACAAGCAAUUUCGCAAGGCCAUUGAAUACUAUCAAGAGGCCUUACAGCUCGCCAAGGAACUCAAAAUCCCGGGGAUUUUAAACACCGCGCUGUACAACAGAAACAUUGCCAACGCGUACGCGUGGCUGGGAGAGGACAGGGAAGCCUACCAGCCUGCAAAGAACGCGUACGAGAUUAGAAAGGACAUGCUAGGAAACCAUCCUUGGACUGCACGGAGUGCUUUCCAAAUGGCGGAAAUUUGUCGACGUUUAGAGAACUAUGACAAAGCGAAAGAGUUUUACGAAGAAGCCUGGAAGAUUGAAAAAUCUCUGGAACAAGGAAACCACAGUCAGGUUAUGGUUAGGAUCGUCCAGAGCUACGAGACGAUGCUUGAGGGUGAAAGAAAGGCUGAAUUUCAAAAAGAAACGUUUGAGUUUUACCUACGUUACUGGGACAAAGAAAGAGAUAUCGAGAGAUUCCAGUUUUCAUCCGCUAACAGGCAAAUCAUUGAUUCAAUAAACGAGCGACUUACUGAGUCGGGGGAGAGGCAGAAGCAGGAAAAAUACGAAAGAGAAGCUCUUUGGUUUUAUGAAGGGGCAUGGAAUUCCCCAGACACCAAAAAGCUACCGGAUAGUCACAGAGAAGCCAUUUUGCAAAGCUUGUUAAAAUUUUGCAACAUGCUUCACGAGAACGACCUAUCCAAAAAGUACCAAGUCGAGGCAGUUAAAUUUUAUGAAAAACUGUGGAAAAAGAACAAGGCAGAGAUGAAGCAAGAAGACAGAAUACGCAUCCUGACUGCACUUGAAAGCUACGCGUCUUCGCUUGGAGACAAGAAAAGGGUAGAGAAGUACUGGGCCUUGUUAAAGGAAGCCAAGCAGAGUGGAUCACUGGAGAGCUCCUUGUCAUUCCUUCCUCCAUCCGGAUCAGCAGCUGAACAGCUAUCUAGCGAAGACGAUUUCGAUUCUGAUAAAGACGUCGAGGACCGCGAAAAUGACAGCGACACUGAUGACGACGAUAUUACUAAUAUCGACGAAGAUAUCACAAAGAAGCAGGUGCCACAGUAUGAAUUUGAAGAGCAAGAGCUAGAGGAGCCAGAGAAUCCGGAGGAACAAGAACCAGACAAGAAAAAGAUACGCGAAUACAGAGUACCUGACGAAAGUGAUACCUGGAACCUUCAGGAAGCUGCUGCAUUGGUUACAUUUUGUCCAGGAGCCAUAACAAAACCCUUGCUGAUUACUUGUUCGUUAUGGAAUCCCAGGGCCCUAUCUCCACCUCUUGGUAGUAAUGAGGUCUUGGUAAGCAACGUGAUUGAACUGUCACAUGACGGUCCACCUGUCCUGGAACUCAGUGGAGAUUCCCAAGGAAGCGUUACUGUUGCCAUGAUGCACAGUGCCUCUAAUUUCAGGGGGUAUGAAGUUGUUAUCAAGCAGUUGGUUGACCCAGAAAACAAUGAGUGGAUAGAUUUGGUGACCAACACCUUUUGGCAUACAUCAGCUAAAUCUACCGUUCCCAACUGGCUUUUCCCAUUUGCUGAGGCUGCAUGCUCAAUAACGCGUUAUUCCUCUUUUGCCGCAAUCUGGCGCCUCAAAUCUUUCAUUUUCCGGAAGCCCAAGACUGUCACUCCUGAAUUUACUUGUACCGUGCCAGACUAUCCAGAUGUCAGUGUUUCAAUCCCUUGGAAUUCUGUGCCUGCCAAAGAAGACUUCUGUUUGACACUUAAGGUCCAAGAACUCCCAAGCGUCGGUCCUAACAGAGAAGGAAUGUUGGUUGGUCCAGUCCUUCACAUAUCAUCUUCUCACAAUGUUGAACUUUUGGAACCAGCAAAAAUCACGAUCCCUCUUACAUUCUUUCAAGGUAGGGGGGAUUUGGAAAACCUACUUCUUGGUCAGUGGAGGAUAUUGCACAAUUCAAGAGAACAAUUACAAGAAUGGACUGAAAGUACGGAUCAGCUGGUGAUGCCGCCAGUUCUUCGGGAUGGGAUAGUGACAUUCCAAGUCAAGCAUUUCUGUCGGAUUUGGCCAUGUUGGUUAAAGAUUAAGAAGCCCUUUAGCAGCGUAUGGCAAUUUGUUGGUGACUUACUCAAAAGAGCCAUGGGACAACAAGCAGGGUUUUUAGCAUGCCUGUGCGAUGAUGUGAGACCCACCAACUAUCUGCUGACUCUGAGCUGUUUCCCAAUUCACUUGAAAUAUCAAGUGAAUAGCCAUAUAUCGUCAACAUACCUUGUGAAUUUUCAAGGGGAGGGAUCAUCAGAGGAGCCGCUUUGUACCAAAGAUCAGGCGUUCGUAUCCUUUUCUGAGGCAUUUUCGCUUCAGCAGAGUGGAAACACAGAAGACCUUUACUUGCUGUUUCUUGGAAAUGCACCAUUUGAGAAAAGUUGGCCUGUUACCAUUCGUGACCCUGGUAAUCUGCAAGUAGACUUCUUCAAAUCGCAGGACAGCCAGGACAGAAGGCGAAGCCUAUGUACACUGUUCAUUAUUCCAAGAUCUCCAGUACAGGCGCCCCCGAUGGAGUUCCCUCGCGUUCCUGUCAGGGAUGAAGUACUGUUAGAUAGUCCAGCUGGUCUUGAACAGAGAAAUGAGUCUUCUGUAAAGCGAAGGACAGAACCUCCACGUAUCAGCCCCAAGCGUAUCAAACUCACCACACAGCAUCUUGGAGUUGUUGUUGAAGAUGGCGCACCAGAAAAAGAAGACCUUGAAAGACUGGCGUUGAAAAUCGUCGAGGAAUGGAAGGAGCUUGGGCGACGGUUAUUAGAUAAUAAUGAAGCAGAGCUGUAUGCUAUUGAUGAAGAGAAUAAGAAGCUGUCUGAAAAGGCUUACAAAAUGUUGUUGAAAUGGAAAGCAGCUAAAGGCUCAGAUGCAACUUUCCAAGUCUUGUAUGACGCCUUGUGCCAUCAUUUAGUAAAUCGUCGAGAUUUAGCGGAAAAAUACUGCUUGGUCAAUCAUCACUAACGUGGCGUGGCGUGGCCUCUCACCCUCGGAAGUAAAAGGAGGGAUGCCACCCAA